AUGUUCCCGAUUGCUGCAGCUGCUGUGCCCGGCAACAGGCAGGGAUGCUUCAAGUGCGGUAACCUCGGCCACCUCGCUGAGGCCUGCCAGGCCCCCGGCCGUCUCUGCUACAACUGCCGGGAACCCGGACACGAGUCGACCAACUGCCCCCAGCCCCGGUCUACCGACGGCAAGCAGUGCUACGCAUGUGGCGGUGUCGGCCACGUCAAGCUCGACUGCCCGACUGCCAGGUCCUUCGGCGGUCCCGCUGGUGGUGCCCCCGGUCAACGGUGCUACACUUGCGGUCGAUUCGGCCACAUUGCUCGUGCCUGCCCCGGCGCUGGCGGUGGCUUCGGUGGCGGCUUUGCCGGUCGAGGCGGAUUCGGCGGUCGAGGUGGCUUUGGCGGUGGAUUCGGCGGAGGUGGAUUCCCUCCCAGGCCGAGGAUGACUACCAACCCUGAUGGAACUCCUGUCAAGUGCUACCGAUGCAACGGUGAGAACCACCUCGCCCGUGACUGCCUCGCACCCCGGGACGACAGCCAGAAGAAGUGCUACAAGUGCCAGGAGGCCGGACAUAUCGCCAAGGACUGCCCGACCAACGGGGAGGAGAUGAUCACUGCUGAGUAA